AUGUCUUCCGUUGAUCCCAGCGCGCUGAGCGAGGUCAAAGUGACCGACCGGUUUGAUCUCAGCAACAAAAACUUCCUCAUCACCGGCGGCGGCCGAGGGAUUGGAUUCGCCUGCGCGAAAGCCAUCGCCCAACUGGGCGGGGGUAUUGCAGUAAUCGACACCGCGACCGAACCGGUAGAAGAGUUCCACAGUCUCCAGGCACGUUACAACGUCAAGACAUUCUAUACCCAAGGGGACGUGACGUAUCAGGCAUCUCUCGAGAGCGCGUUCGCCCGCUCCCUGCACGCCAUGGGACAGCUGCACGGCGGGUUAACCGCAGCGGGCAUCGUCGGAGACACGCCAUUACUCGAGGCUGACUGGGAGCUCACGCAGCGGACGCUGAACGUGAACGUCCUGGGAACGUAUUGGACGAUGAAGCUCCUCGCGCAACAUCUAGUCGAAUCUAAAAACCAGGGCAGUAUCGUUGCCAUCUCCAGUGUCAACGGUCAGGGAUUUUACGUCCCCGUGCAGCCCCAGUCGGCGUAUAAUGCUAGCAAAGCAGCUGUCAAGGGCUUGGUGGGUCCUCUUGCUGGGGAACUCGGUCAGUAUGGGAUUCGAGUCAACAGUAUCUCACCGGGCGCCAUUAUGACCCCUCUUCUCGCGCGCUUGCAAGGAGAGAAGCGAGUCACGCUGGACUGGUACAGGGAGGGGGCACCGCUUCAACGACUAGGUGUCCCGGAGGACUUGACGCCGAUGGUGUGCUACCUACUCAGCGACGCCGCUGCUUUCACAACGGGUGCAGACAUGCUGGUUACCGGUGGCUUGCAUGCAGGCUCGGCUCGGAAAUGA